AUGACGGAACUUACCUGGCAAAGAGACGAUGACGUCACUGCCUGUCACCUCUGCGACUCGCCAUAUUCAUUCAUUAACCGAAGACAUCACUGCCGGAAGUGUGGAAAGGUGGUGUGUUCCUCUUGCUCAAACCAGGAGAUCACAUACUUGCCCAAUACUCAGGUAGUCCAUGCAAACGGUCCGCCGCUGAGAUGCUCACCGAACCAAAGGUAUCGCACCUGCGACACGUGUGUUGCGGAGAUCAGGACUAUUCGUAGAACGCUUCUUGGCGAUAGCCUCGACAGACGCACUCUGAGAGACGCUAAUUUUCUGAGAGAAAACACUCCGGUGGUGGGAAACUCUAAGUAUGCGCGCAUCAAGUCGCGGCCCGUAGAAUCGGCCUCGUCGGCACUGACGCUCAACAAUAGAACCGACACAGAGAGUGACCAAAACCUCUGUCCGGUGUGCGCGGUCGAUCUCCUCAAAAGGUUCUUCGAAACGGUUCAAAACGGUGACGCAGAGUCGUCUCUGAAUGCAUUUGAAACCUUCAAAGAAUGUCACAUCAGUGAGUGUCUAGUGUGUUUUGACUUCACCAACGACCACAUGCGGCUUCAGAGCCCUCCGCUGGGCUCGCAGGCCCGCAACAGAAUGUUGGUAUACAAUAUUCCUCCGAUUCCGCGGCCCAGCUACGAGCUCGUGGGCGAAACUGGCCCCAACUCGGUAGACACGAUAGUGCAAAUCACAGAGGUCGAAGCAGAGAAGAAUGCCAUUGACGACGAGUGUGUGAUAUGCCUUGAAGAUUUGAAGCCAGGCGAUAAGGUUGGGCGUCUUGAGUGUUUGUGUGUUUUCCACUAUAAAUGUAUCAAGGAUUGGUUCAACAAGAAAAGCUACGGCGAGUGUCCUGUUCAUUUCCUACACCGAUAA